UCGUCGAUCGACGCGUUCAUGCCAUUGACCCGUGAGUCAAGUCGUCUCCCUCCCGUGUCUUGUCCACUGUGCGGCAUCCUUCCUGGCAAAAUCACCUCCGAGGCACGGCGUUGCGUCCACCUGCCGUGUACGCAUUCCCGGCGCGGCUCCGUUGCGUUCCAGUCAGUGCGGCGACGCCGCCAACGUCUCACAUGGCUUGUCGGAUCUCAAGGUGUAGAUGAUAAAGUUAUGAGCAUCAGGGCCGAUCCAUUUAUCUAUGAGGGGCAUACUUUACAUGAGCUACAGGUGCUCAGGCAAUUCCUAGCUAGCUAUUACCACUAAGGAGAGAAUCAGAGACUGAAAAAGCAAUGGCCGAUCUUGUUGUUGGCUUGGCCAAGACAGUGGUGGAGGGGGCCCUGACCAAGGCUCAGUCAGCGAUUGAGGAGGAGACAAAACUGCAGCAAAGCGUGCAGCACAACCUUGUGUUCAUCGCUGGCGAGUUUGAGAUGAUGCACUCCUUCCUCAAUGUUGCCAAUGAGGAGCGUGUCAAGAACAACGUUGUGAGGACAUGGGUGAGGCAGGUCCGUGAUCUGGCAUAUGAUGUGGAGGACUGCAUAGAGUUUGUCACCCACCUGGACAAAAAGUCAAGCUGGUAGCGCCAAAUGCUGCCACCUUGCUUGGCAGCAUCAGCAUUGCCCAUAAAAGAGGCAGUCACUGAGAUAGAGCAGCUCAAGGUUAGGGUUGAGGACGUGAGCCGAAGGAACUCACGCUACAGCCUCAUCAGCGACUCUGGAUCCAAGCCCAUCAUGCAGCAACAGACGGCACCCAAAACUAUUUUUGGCACAAUGGUGCUUGACAUGAUGGUUGAGGCGAGGGACACCGCAAAAAGGCAGCAAGGUUUAGGAGAUCUCACCCAGCUACUAACAAAGGAACAAGCUGACCUGGGGGUAAUCUCAGUGUGGGGAACAGGCAGUGAACUCGGUACAACAUCCAUCAUCAGAAAGGCCUACCAGGACCCAGAACUCUGUCAAAAAUUUGAAUGUCGUGGCUGGGUGAAGCUUACACAACCUUUCAAUCCUCAUGAGUUUCUCCGCAGUAUGGUCGCCCAGUUCUACGCAAACAGUUGCCUGCAAAAUGGAAUGGUUAUAAAUGUCGAUGAACUGAAGAGGAUUGAGGAAAUGGCGACAACGGGAGGCGGACUCAUUGGGGCAUUUAUGGAUAAAGUAAAUGAGAACAGAUACCUAAUCGUCCUGGAAAAUCUGUCCACAAUUGGAGAUUGGGACACCAUCGGAACUUACCUGCCAGACAGGAAGAAUGGCAGUCGGGUCAUUGUAUCCACACAGCAGUGUGAAAUUGCAAGCUUGUGCAUUGGGCAUUCAUACCAAGUAGCAGAGGUGAAGCAGUACUCAGCAGAGCACUCUGUAUGUGUCUUCUUCGAGGAGGGAUUGCAAGGUAAUGGUGAUAAAAGCAUGGAAUCUGAUAGAGUAGUAGACAACAACAAUGAAAUGUCAAUGCAGGAUGAAAUAACCCACGGUACUGGCUUUCUGUCCGACAGAAUUCCAACAUCUAAACGGAAGGAUGCCUCUGAUUGGGUGAAGAAUUUUCAACUUGUUGAACGCAAGUCAGAAAUGAACCAACUCGGUAACUAUAUUGCUAAGGCACGUGUCUAUGGUUUGCAAAUACUGUCUGUGUGGGGGAUAGCUGGUGUUGGGAAAUCAGCCCUCGUUAGGAACAUGUACUUUGACAGAAUUCAUCGAAAUGACCAAUUAUUUGAGAAGUACGGUUGGGUUGAUGUAACCCACCCAUUCAAUUUAAGGGACUUCUCCCGGAGUUUGCUUUUGGAUUUCCAUUCAGAACCUGUUCAAGCCAUGGGAAUCAAAGACCCUACUCAAGAGUGUCAUAAGAUUCUAGAAGAUAACCGGUGCCUUGUUGUUAUUGAUGAUUUGCAGUCCAUUGAAGAAUGGGACUUAAUACAAGCUGCCUUGGUGUCUAGACCUUCUAGAAGUAUUAUCAUUGUCAUUACAACUGAAGCAAGUAUCGCCACAUAUUGUGCAGAUAAUGAAGGGGUCGUAUUUAAUGUCAAAGGUCUAGAAGACAAAGCAGCCCUCAAGCUUUUCAAAAAGCAGGUACAUAGGCAAAAACCAUCAUCUCCUAUAAAGGACUCCAUAGAUGAAGAGCUACAAGAACUUAUUUUGAAGUGUGGUGGUCUUCCAAAAGUUAUAGUUGCCGUAGCUAACUUUUUGGCACCUAAAACAGUCUCAUGGAUGGACAGUGCAAGUUCUAUGAAUCUCAAAUUUAUGCAAGAGCUGGAGAGCAGCCCAGAGUUUGCUUGCCUGCAGCCACUCUUUGGUUGGCUGCACUCCUACUUUCGAACAUGCCCGGAUUUUCUCAAGCCAUGUAUCUUCUAUCUGUCAAUUUUUCCUCGAGAUCACAGUAUCCGGAGAAGGCGAUUGGUGAGACGGUGGAUUGCAGAGGGCUAUGCCAGGGACACGGACAAAAUUUCUGCAGAGGAAAGAGGGGAGCAGUUCUUCUGCAGGCUCCUCGAUCUGAGCAUAAUAAUGCAGAAACCAUAUUCAGUCACCACCGGAUUCAGAGACAGCAGAAUGACUUUGUGUCAAGUCAACAGUUUUGUCCGAGAGUAUAUCAUCUCUCGUCAAAUGGAAGAGAACCUUGUAUUUGAACUGGGAGGCAGUUGCACCCUAACCUCUCAGCGCAUGGGGCGUCACCUCAUCAUACUGAAAAGCUGGGACAGAGACAGAAUUGUGUUUGAGAGCAUUGACUUCUCAAGGCUACGAUCUUUGACAGUGUUUGGAGAAUGGAAGCCAUUCUUCAUAUCUGAUAGGAUGAGGUUGCUUCGGGUUCUGGAUCUUGAGGAUGCAUCUGAUUUAAAAGAUGAAGACCUCAAACAAAUGAUGAAGCUGCUUUGUCGCCUCAAGUAUCUUUCCCUACGAGGAUGCACUGGGAUCUAUAGCCUGCCGAAUUCAUUAGGUUGCUUGAGGCAGCUUGAGACUCUGGAUGUCAGACAUACAGCCAUAGCAACCAUGCCAAGGACUAUCACCAAGCUAAAGAAGUUGCAGUACCUCCGCGCUAGUACCACCAAACCAACUAAGGAACAACCAACACCCGAUACUGCUGUUACACCCAAACCAACAAAGAAACAACCAAAUCCACACACCUCGGUAUCAUGGACGUCAUCCUUGUUCCACAGACAUCGACAACUAGAGGGUGUUGUGGUUCCUACUGGGCUAGAGAAAUUGACUGCAUUGCUCACCAUCGGUGUUGUUAAUGUCAAUUCUGCUCGGGGGAGGUCCAUCUUGAAAGAGGUCAGGAAGCUCACCCAAUUGCGCAAGCUUGGAGUGUCUGGAAUAAGUAGGAACAACAGCAAAGAUUUCUGUUUGGCCAUCUCAAGUCGUGCGCAUUUAGACUCCUUAUCAGUUAAGCUCAAGAAGGACAAUCAGGACUGCUUGUGUGUCACCCCAGAUGGCUACCUUCCCCCCAAGAACCUACAGAGCUUUAAAUUGUAUGGCCUUGCAGACAGUUUUCCAAAAUGGAUCAAUCAACUUGAAAAUCUCAGGAAGUUAGUUUUGGAGAUGACUAUAUUAACGCAAGAUACUAUCAAGGGACUCAAGGAUCUUAAAGUAUGUAUUCUGCGUCUAAUUACCAAGCAGCUUCCUGAUGGUAAGCUCAAUUUUUGUGUCAUGUUGCAUGGGCAGCAAUUACGUUGCUAUGAAACAGUGAAGAUACUCGAGAUCUCUUGCAGCUCCAGCUUAGAUGUGGCUUUUGGAUCACAAUCACUGCAAAAUCUUGAGCUGCUGAAAGUUUCCUGCUGUAGUGGUUCAGGGUCGGUAAUGAAGCUCUCUGGGCUAGAAAAACUGUCUGAAUCUGAACUCAAGGAAGUCCAGAUUAAGGGUUCCGAUGAUUUCAUAGUAAAAACAGAUGUGGAGGAACAACUUGCCAGGCACCCAAAGAAACCUGUUUUGAAGGUUGAAAAGGUACUGUCGUCCACUGGGGAUUUUGAGCUCUAGAGUGUCAGUUUCCUAUCGUUACGAUAUCAAGGAUUAGUGACUGGUGCUGUUUGCUUCCUCUUAUUUCUUCAGUGCUAUUCGAUCCAAUCUAACCGAUUAGAAAGAUCAGUUAUGCAGCCAUCGUGCCAAUAAUAAACUGUGAAACCUGAAAGCUUCCUUCUUGGCCACAUAUUGAUCAGUCUAUUUUUCUUGUGCCUGUGGUUUAUUUAUUCCUACUGCAUAGUCCCAGUCUGGAUUUGUUCUAAAAGAUAUGGAUGGUGUGCAAAUGUGUUUAUGUAUAUAGAGAAUGUUGGACCAGUGAAUUGCUAUUGUACUUUUCUGUUGCUCUCAUGUAUUGUAGUUUCGUGGUGUAUCUUGCUACAUCCAUGUUCUCUUGU